CCGCCAAAGCACAUGUCUGCGGCUCCUCCCUCCCGCUUCGCCUUUACGCAGCAGAUACAAGCGGCGCAGUCUGUCUCCGGGAAGGCAUGUGAAGCCAGUGGAAAAUACCGAUCCGGUUUACCCAGCUGAUUGUAAACGUGUUUAUUUUAUUUAAGGAAGAUAUAGCUAAUUUUGGUGCCCUUAGUCUGUGCCUCCGUGUUGGCAUUUACACUGCUACCCUGGGCAACUAUAUGUUGACACAGCAAACUGGAAAUAGUUCGAGGUUUAUACGUACGUUUUUUUUUCUUCUUGAUAAGUCGAGUCGGAUCCGCUGUUUCUCACCUCGGUUGACUUCGUCUCGUCUCUCUCUGUUUGAGUUGUUGUGGUUUAUUUGGCAAGAAACCCGGAUUGCCUUUAAAACGUGGAUAUAAAACAAUUGAUCGAUACAGAAUAUCUUUAUCGGAUACAUACUGUAGUGGGAAACUUUUUUUCAACGGGAUUUAAACUGUUGUACAUAUAAAUAUAAGGCGGAGUUUUGCACCGGAUCGCCGGCGUCCCCGGUCUCCCAUUUUGCUGACUAGUCGCACUCCUCGGUCCAUGAGAGAUGACUGGUGCGGAGUGAGCAGAACCUCGUCUCGGGCCCCGGGCCCCAUGACCCUGGGUGGCUUGACUGCUACGAGGCGCUCCGCGGCGGCGGGCUCCUUCUGCUCCUGCUGCGGGGCCAAGAUGAUGCCGUAUUUCUGCGAGAACGCGGUGGUGUCUCACAGCCAGAUCAACCAGAUCAUCAGUGAGAGCUUCCUGACCGUAAAGGGUGCGGCCCUCUUCCUGCCCCGUGGACAUGGCUCCUCCCCUUCCUCUGUGUCGCACAUCACACAGCGCUGGAACAAACACACAGGUGACCUCCAGCAGCACCUGCAAACCAUGUUCACUCUGCUGCGUCCAGAGGACAGCAUCCGCCUGGCGGUGCGGCUGGAGAGCUCCCACCCCCAGUGCACGCGCUACAUGGUGGUGGUGUCCACCAACGGCCGCCAGGACACCGAGGAGAGCGUGGUGCUGGGAAUAGACUUCAGGUCCAGUGACAGCGCGUGUACUAUUGGCUUGGUGCUGCCCCUGUGGAGCGACACGCUAAUUCACCUGGAUGGAGACGGGGGUUUCAGUGUGUCCACAGUCAACAGAGUCCACAUCUUCAAGCCUGUAUCAGUGCAGGCCAUGUGGUCCGCGCUGCAGUCCCUCCACAAGGCCUGCGAGGUGGCUCGCUGCCACAACUACUACCCAGGCAGCCUGUUCCUCACCUGGCUCAGCUACUACCAGAGUCGCGUGGCCUCGGAGCAGACCUGCAUCAACGAGUGGAACGCCAUGCAGGACCUGCAGUCGCACCGUGCCGACUCGCCCGUGCUCUUCACCUACGUGCCAACGGAACGUGAACGUACUGAGAGGCUCAUCAAGAUGAGGCUGAGAGAGAUCAUGAUGCAGAAAGACCUGGAGAAUGUCACCUCCAAGGAGAUCCGCACUGAGCUGGAGAUGCAGAUGGUCUGUAACCUGCGUGAAUUUAAGGAGUUCAUUGACAACGAGAUGAUCGUCAUCCUGGGCCAGAUGGACAGCCCCACGGAGAUCUUUGACCACGUUUACCUGGGCUCCGAGUGGAACGCUUCCAAUCUCGAGGAGCUUCAGAACAGUGGAGUGAGGUACAUCCUGAACGUGACUCGGGAGAUUGAUAACUUCUUCCCCGGCCUCUUUGAGUACCACAACAUCCGCGUGUACGAUGAGGAGGCCACCAACCUGCUGGAAUACUGGAAUGACACCUACAAGUUCAUCUCCAAGGCCAAGAAAGCGGGGGCCAAGUGCCUGGUGCACUGUAAGAUGGGCGUCAGCCGCUCGGCCUCCACGGUGAUCGCUUACGCCAUGAAGGAGCACGGCUGGGACCUGGAACGCGCCUUCCACCACGUCAAGGAGCGCCGCGCCGUGGCCAAGCCCAACCCCUCCUUCAUGCGGCAGCUGGAGGAGUACCAGGGCAUCCUGCUGGCCAGCAAACAGCGGCACAACCAGCUGUGGCGCUCCCACUCGGACAGCGACCUCUCGGCGACACCACAGCGCCCCCGCAGGGUGCCCAGCAACAACAACAACGCUCUGCCCUCGCUGCCGCACUUCCUGGGGAUGGCCGUGCUGCAGGCGCUGGCCGGGGAGGCCGCAGGGACCGUGGCGCCGGCAGACGAGAGCGAGCCCCCUGUCACGGGCAGCUCAUCCGAGUCUAACAGCUUUGGCGGAUCUGUGGGGACCCCAUCCUCGCCGCCACUGGAGCGGCAGAAAGACCCCCUAUGGCUUCCUCCGGCAAGUCCGCCUGAAGACGGGACAGGCGGCUCAUCGCCGACACCCAACCCAGUGCUGCCUCUGCCUGUCCCUGGUCCUGCUGUUGAGCCGAAACUGGAAACCUCAGAACUGCAAAUGGCGGCUGCCAGUCGGUCGCAGCCAUCCACAUAUGUGCCUGAACAAAACUCAGAACCUCUUCCUGCAUUUGAGCCUGAGCCUGCAGUUUCCCAAACCUCAGCCAUAAGACCCAGCAAGUUGCUCAUACCACAGUCUAAGGGCGAGCAGAAUGGCAGCCCAUCAUCUGCUGGGACGCCCAUGACAGUCAGCCCUCUUGGCUCGUCAGGGGGCAGUUUGCUCUUGGGUCCUCAGAUCAGUGAUGACAAUAACAACCCCAGUGACACAGGUCUCACCGAUGUCCCGGGGUCCUCCCACCUCAGUACGGAUAGCAUCGACUUCUUUAGUGCCCGGGAGAAGUUUCUUAGCCUGUCUCAGGAUUCUCAGGCCUGCCUGCUAGCCGAACAGGCAUCUCCCCGGACAGCUCAUGCUAAAAGCCUCAGCCAGGACAUGCAGCCUCUGCUGGAGGACCUCAACGGCAUGCCAGGCCCCGAGAAGCAAGGCACGCCUGAAGACGGCAGGGAAUUUGCUUCUGAGAUUAGUCCUGCCCCCUCAAGACCUCAGAAGGAGAAUGGCGUCUCUGUUCGCCACAUUGUCACUGAACUGGAGUCUGUGUCCUACACUGUGUCCCCUGUCAGCCAGCUGGGGCCCCGGGGCCCCCCUCAAGGGGAGGAGCCAGAGGUGGCAGGAUGCCAGUCACCUUCCUCACAUUCAGAUUCCCCUUCCUUGCAGCCUCCUGAUUUGCUGUCGGGUUCAGUGCGCCGUGCCACCAAACAGCUCGAGCAGAAACUGAAGCAGGAGCUGCAUCCUUCUGGGCCAUGCCUGCCCACCUCCCCCACGGCGAUGGGGAGUGGCUCUGUCCCUGUCCCACAGGAGAAGGGGUGCAAAAAUGGAGCAUUUGUAUGUCAGCGUGCAGGAAUCCCUGACCUAUAUGCCUCCCAUCAGCCCAACGUCACCGUGGAUGGCCUGCUAGACUCAGAGCCGCUUCAGCUGACACUGCGCUUGGCAGGUGCGACGGAGCAGGAGACCAACACGGACGGCGAAUUGGAGGAGACGCCCUGGCAGGCAGACCGACUGACGUGCAGCAUCCAGGACCUGAAGAAGAUCCAGGAGACACUGCGGGAGCUGCAGGCCUUCCUGCAUGAGGCUGGAGAGUCAGGAGGCGUGGCCAAAGCCAACCCGGAAGUGCCUGAUAGAGGGGAGGCGGAGCCUGACACAGACACCCUCCAGCUGAGAGCGGUGGAGCUGGAGGCCCGGAUCCGGCAGGCAAGCCUGACCCCCCCGUCCUUGAUGAAGCGCUCGGCCUCUCUGGCCGAACUGGAUCGCCUGGAACUCUCCACCAAUGACCUGAGCAACUGGGACCGCUGCUCUCCUCCAGCCCCUCCCAGCCCUUCACAGCCCCCGCUGGCUCCUGCGCCGCAUGCCUGUCUCCACCCCACCCCGGACGAUGCCUCCAAGAAGCAGUGUGUCCUGCUGCUGUGGCCCGACCCAGUGGUCUCUCUCAGGACUGAAGGUUCCCAGAACCCAGACCCUGAUCCUGACAGCCCUCAUUCGCCCCCCAACAGAGAAAGGGGCGGGGCACAGGAUGCGUGCGUGGCAGUGCGGCUGCCACAUGGCAGGACCCACCCCCUGCGGCGGCCCAGGAGGGCCGCGGACAAAAAGCGAGCAGCGGUGUUUGUGUACAACACCAUGUGACCCAUGUCAUGUGACCCACCUCAUGGCUCUAGUAAUCGUGAAAGUGUAUGGCCCACCUUCUGGAACGCUUAAGACAAUCGUUCCCUGGGUUGUUAGACUGUCUGGUGGAUGGGUGGGGGGGGGGGGAGGUUUGCUUUGGGUCAGACAGAUGUGUGUUGUGUGUUUUAGUCUGCAUGUGUGAGAUGCCAGUAGGUCUGCACUGUGGCAGUUACAAAAGAGAGAAAAUCAGAAAUGGGCGUGGUUUCUCAAAAUGUGCACUUUACUCUGUGUUUUAUGUGUUUUUUUUACAUGGGGGACUUUUUAAUACAGUCAGGGAUAGCUUGUGUGUCUUAUGUAUGUAAUGUACAGAAAUGUCAGGUGUUCCGAUUUUUAUUUUAAAAGCUUUUUCUUUUUUUAUUGUGCUUACACUGUGACUAUUAAAGAUCUAAAAUUAAAUAAA